CCACGCCAAAGUGCCAAACACUCCCCCACUCUCUCCCUCUCUCUCUCUCUCUCUCGCCAAAAGCUUUGGUUGCUUGCUCGCUUCACCCAAACAAACUCAUCGAUCCGGGCAAAAACACGCGCAAAUCGCUGUGCUACACCUCCUCGCGUUCGCUCGCUACAGCGCACCACAUCCACACACACGCUCCCAGCCCCAGCGAUCGAUGGAGUGAGACGCAUCAGGUUGCUUCCGGCGACGGCCAUUGCCGCCUCCCUCUCCCUCCCUCCGCCCGCGCGCCGCCACACCCCCCCAUCGCUUCUUCCUUUCGUCAUGCGUACAAGCCAUCCCCACAUCACCACCACCACCUCGCCUGACAACAGCAGCAGGAGCGACGCUCCACAAAACCACCCCCCAAAUCCCUCCGUCCCGUAGCGCCUACUACCCCCGCCUCCUGCAUUCUUCUCCUUGCUUCUCCGUAACCUCGCGCUUUCUUGGCCGCUUCGCCCGCGACGCAACGGGGGGGAGAGGCCUUCCUCCGUUUCCUUGGAUAGGAUAAAGCUCGCGGAUCUCCGCUCAAUCCAGUUCUUCAUUCUCCUCUCCCGGUUCUGUUCUUGGUUCUUGGAAAGCCGGUGGGGUGCGGGUGGCUCGUGGCGAUCAGUGCUCGCUCGUUUGAUCCAUCCUAGUUGCUGAGACGUUUCGUUUCUUGAUCUUGGUGUUACUUUCCCCAAAAAUCCAAUACAAAGAUCCGGUGGAGGUCUGAUCUGUGAGCGACGCCUGCCCGGUUUCCUUCCGGCAAUGGGGAACAGCAGCAGCAGCGGCAGCCACCGGCCUCCCCGGCCGGCGAGCUCGGAGUCGGCGCUGCCGCCCGCGGCGGCGGCGGCGGAGGAGCUGAGCUCGUACGAGGCGGCGUGCCGAUCAGACCCGGAGCUGCGCACGUUCGACACCACGCUGCAGCGGCGCACGAGCCGCGCCAUCUCGACGCUGGCGGUGGGCGUGGAGGUGCGUUCGCUGUCCCUCGAGUCCCUCCGCGAGGUCACCGGCUGCCUCCUCGACAUGAACCAGGAGGUGGUGCGCGUCAUCCUCGACUGCAAGAAGGACAUCUGGAAGAGCCCCGAGCUGUUCGACCUCGUCGAGGACUACUUCGAGAGCAGCCUCCACACCCUCGACUUCUGCACCGCACUCGACAAGUGCCUCAAGCGCGCCCGCGACUCCCAGCUCCUCCUGCACGUCGCGCUCCAGCGGUUCGACGACGAGGAGGACAACGACGCCGCCGCCGCCGGCCAGGAGGACGCCGCUCCCUCCGCCCGGUACGCGCGCACGCUCCACGAGCUGCGCCAGUUCAAGGCGGCCGGGGACCCCUUCACCGAGGAGUUCUUCAGCGCCUUCCAGGCCGUGUACCGGCAGCAGCUGACCAUGCUGGAGAAGCUGCAGCAGCGCAAACACCGGCUCGACAAGAAGGUCAGGGCGAUCAAGGCGUGGCGCCGUGUGUCGAGCAUCAUCUUCGCCACCACCUUCGCGGCCGUGCUCAUCUGCUCGGUGGUUGCCGCGGCCAUCGCUGCCCCACCAGUCGCGGCGGCAUUGGCCGCAGCUGCUUCCAUUCCGGUGGGAUCUAUGGGGAAGUGGAUCGAUUCUCUACUGAAAGGGUAUCAGGACGCUCUCCGUGGACAGAAGGAGGUGGUGAGCGCAAUGCAGGUGGGGACGUUCAUUGCCAUCAAGGAUUUGGACAGUAUCAGGGUGCUCAUCAACCGGGUGGAGUUGGAGAUCAGCUCGAUGAUCGACUGCGUAGAGUUCGCUGAGCGAGAUGAGGAGGCGGUCAAGUUUGGGGUUGAGGAGAUCAAGAAGAAGCUGGAGGUCUUCAUGAAGAGUGUAGAGGAUCUAGGAGAGCAGGCAGAUCGGUGUAGCCGGGAUAUUCGUCGGGCAAGGACCGUCGUGCUACAGAGAAUCAUCCGGCAUCCUAGCUGAAAAAAAAAAGGAAAAAGAGAGAGGAAGGAUGCAAGGAAUUUGGUGAUGGCGAUGCACUUGAAAGGGUCUAUGACCUAGACAAGCAAGCAAACGAUGUGAUCAGUGGCCUAAAGCAACAAAUAAUGCUGUCAGACUUCUGUGAGCCAUCACUAUUACUGACUUUAUUUAUCACCUGUCCUGAUCUCCAUAGUUUAUCAAUGUGUUUGGCGUUCUGUUUUUCGUUUGAUUUUAUUCAUUACCUCACUUUAAUCUCCUAUGGGGUACAUCUUUGAAAGUUUCAAUCAAUAAUAAUCCAAUUUGCUGUGCUCAA